UAUGGGGCGGAACUCAUGACGGCCGGCAUUGCUGGUGGAGGGAUGCUGCCCACCAGCAAAAGGCCUUCGUCUCCGCCUCCGACACCUAGUCAAGCACCCGUCACAGCACCGUCCGUCUACCAAAGCCCCUCGAUGGGGACUCCUCAACCAUCGUCUAGUUUAAGCAGUAGUUCCACCACCAUAAGUAGUAGUAAUAGAACCCAAGACGAGCUGUCACAGGACGCGCAGGAUGCCUUCGGUGCGGCGUGGACCGCCCGGAAGUUCGUCAACAAGCCCACGUACGAUCGGAAGGCGAGCUUUGGCAAGCGUUUCGAGGGUGGUUUGCAGCCACGUGGGCGAGAUUUAGCCGACUGGCGAUGUCCCAACGUUUCUGGAGGAGACAAUCUCGAGUGCAGCUGUGAUCUACCACAUACGCUGCGGUGUAGCGGUGAUCUGCAUGGGUUGGAGGUGAUCGCGGACAGCUUAAGGCGAUCGCCCUACGAGGUAUCGCUGUUGGAUUGCACGCUGAAGAACGUGACGAGCAUCAGCGAUGCGAGUAUAUUCCGGAACGUGUCGCUGCAGGGGUUGGUCAUGUCGUCGGGUGAAAUCAAACGCGUACAUCGGCUUGCCUUUGCGGGAAUUCGGACACCAUUGCAGGCGCUUGGACUUCCCAACAACGCGCUCGAGAGUGUCCCGAUGCAGGCGCUAGGAGCCGUUGGUCAACUCGAUCGGUUGGAUCUCUCGUUUAACAGGAUCAAGGCGUUGCAGAACGGUGACUUCUUGGCCGUGCCCCGAUUGUCGUACCUCGAGCUGAGCGGAAAUCAGAUAUCGCUUAUCGCACCCAAAAGCUUGGUGCCGUUGAAGAACCUGCUACACCUGAAGCUGAACGGCAACCGGUUGGGUGAGUCGCCCGAAAGUCUGCAAGCACUUGCGGCGUGUCUCAGCCUGAAAGAGCUACACCUACACUCGAACGGCAUCCGAGGGCCACUGCGAAAUACGACCCUUCCGCGAAUUCGUGGGCUAGAAAUUCUGUACCUCGACAAGAACUCGAUCGCCAGCAUCCACAACGGUGCUCUGGAGGCGUACCCGUACCUACAGAUGUUGUCACUUCACAGCAACCAGAUCGAUGUUCUGCAGGAUCAUGCCUUCUCUGGGUUGGCCUCACUGCAGAUGCUCGAUCUGGGACAUAACGGCAUCGUUACCAUUUCGGAUGCGUCACUCAAACACCUGCCCAGGUUGAUCAUUCUCGAUCUUACGCACAACUUCCUGCGGGCGCUGACAGCGGAUGUGGUUUCGCCGUUACCCGCGCUGAAGGAGCUACGACUCGAUGGGAACGACAUCUCGCUGAUCGCGGAGGACGCGUUGGUGAACGCGACCCAACUGCACAGCCUUUCGCUGGAGAACAAUCCGCUGGUGUGUGAUUGCACGAUGCAACCGUUCUUACGGUGGUUGGCAGGUGUUCGACCUGCCUCGCAGGGGAUCCUAGGGGCGAUCUGUGCGACUCCACCCGAUCUCGAGGGUGCCGAUUUGCUGCAGCAAGCACCGGAAACACUGAACUGUGGUGAGGGUGCUAGCAAGCUGCCGUCGGAAGGCCGGGAUCAUGAGACGUUCCAGACGAUCGAAGUGAUGCUGAAGCUCAAGAAUAACGCAUCGUACGUGCGGGACAUUGGUGGGCAGGUGCGAUUGCAUGGAGUUAACAUCACCGACGAGAGUGAUAUCUUUCUGAGCUGGCUGCUGGAUACGGAUGAUUACUCGUGCCGGUUUGUGUAUGUGUUCCACACGGACGAUCCUGAAACCAUUCUGUACAACUCUGAGGUCUCUUGUAUCGUGAAACCGGAAGAGCCAGUAUCAGCUGUAGAGUAUAGCUACAGUGCCAAACUACUAGGGGCGUACGACUUGCAAAGCAACGUUAGCUACAAAUUCUGUCUAAUCAUGAAGGAAGACAUCUCGAAGGACGAAUACCUGGGCGUGUGUCAAGCAGCCACACUUCCCCAGCCACAAGUUAACCCAUCAAAACGAAAAUCCAUCAAGAAAGAGCUCCAAAUCAGCACCCGGCAGACGAACGAGUCCGACAUAUCGGACUUUGAACGCAUUUCGUCCGAAUUCCGGCACGACGAUCGCAACCGGGAUGAGCUGCUCAAAGGCAACAGUGAGGACGAAGACGACACGCAAGACAACCGCACGCUAGAAAGCGACCGUGUCGAUCAUCGUGGAUCAGAUCCGUUAGAGUACAACAUGGACGACGGUGACGAGGGCGAUGAUUCAGACGACGAUGAUGAGAACGGUGAUGACGAAAGCGUCGGUAUCCUUACGGAUAACAUUCGCGACGAUCCUGACUUCCGGCAGAUGCAGCUAGCGGCUGAAGCGGAAGCAGCUCGCUUACCCUCCGUGCGUGGAGGACGCGUCCUGCUCGAGGGUUUGGGUACCAUCAUUCUCAUCACGAGCCUGGUAGCGUUCGUGUGGGGGAUGGUACGCUUUAGGGGCCAGAAUCGGCACCUACCAUCGAUGGCGAGCUGCUACGCGGUGGACGAACGUCGACGAAAUCCCCACCAGGACGUGGAAAGUCGAAGUCGGUACUUUAAGCUACAGGCGACAACGAGCCUGUGAGCCUGCAGCCUAACGAUUUCAUCUCAAAAGCGUGAAAAACGCUGUGUAAAUUGAUGUACAUACAACAUUCCGUCGGCUUUUAGAUGGGGUGAGGGAGUUAACUAAAAGCUCUUGUUAUUUAUGAUAGCGAUAAGGUGAUAGAAGCCAGCGCCGAGUGUAAAGAGUAACUUAAGAAGGGAUGCUAGUUUUACGUUGCAAACCGGACGUUAAUGUUAUGUUUGUAUUUUAAAGCACGUCUUUACUAAUCCUGUUGUGCCAUGUGUGGAUGUUUGUAACCAUUACGAACGA